AUGCCUUCUGUCCGGAAGGUCGUUGACAAGAUUAACAAGGCUUGUGUCGAGCACAAUGGCAAGCUGAAGUUCGUGGAAUUCCUGGCCGUAGUGAUCGAGAAGCGCCUGGAGAAGGUGGACAUUUUGAAUCCAAUGCAGAACGAAGAGCUGCAAGAAAUCUUUGACAUGAUCGAUGUCGACCAUGAUGGCUCCAUCACCCGCGACGAGCUGGUCAAGGUGGCAAGUGGCUCGGGAUCAGGGAUCGACGAGAAAGAAGUUCUAGAGCUGUUCAGCUUGUUUGACACCAAUGGCGACGGGGUCGUGAACUUCGACGAGUUCAAGGCCCUCAUG